CUGACCAAUUCAGUAUGACAAUUGCAUCUGGUAUAAGAAAUUCGGUAUAAUAUUUGCUUGACAGAACUUUUGUUUUGAUUUAAUUCGGGUUUUUAUAAGUGCCGUCCUUACCUAAGGAAGUGAAAUAUUAUUCACAAGCGACGAUUGGACAACAACGGGAUGUAAGCAAAAUGUAAAGAUCUUCAAAGAUUUCCUGAAGACUGAACGAUGGCUGACUCUGAGUUAAUUCUUUUCGGUUAGUUACUAAAUCUUGCGGGAGCUGAAACACAUCGCCAGAAACCGAUAACGAUAGCGAGUAGAAUUCGCAACUGUAGCACAACAAUCGAGAAACUGACUUGCUACCAUCUGAUUACAUCGUCAGAGAGAUUUCAAUAUAAAAAAAAUGGCAGCGGAUUGCAGGGUGGCCUGUGAAAACUGGUCUUUAGUAAGAGGCGAGAUCAUACAACAGGCGCUCAUUGUUAAACGAAUCAGCACAUCUGAAAAGUAUGAGCACCCACCACUGGACGAAAUCAUUGACACAGAUCGUGCAGUUUUCCUUGAAACUGAAACAUUACAACCUUGCGACAUACACUUCGAAUUUCCGCCAACUUGUAGUGUUUAUGCAAUUGCAAUAAUAACAGACUGCCAAAAAUUGGAAAUGUUUAUUGGCAAGUGCGAAGAAUACCACAAAACGUUCUAUGGCGAACUGGUUGAUGAGGUAGACGGCUCUCGAAUUUACUACCACGACGUUGAGCUUAGUAAUACUCCUGUGUCAAACUUUAAUAUAAGAUUAAUUCCAAAGGAAGUGACUUUAUGGAUAUAUGGAAUAGUAGUGGCACUCAAGCCAAACAUGAAGGCCCUAGCCGACAGUAUAUUUGCACCUACAAUUGAUUUUAACAAUGUGCAAAAUAUCCUUGCCGAAUCCAAAAACAAAUUAACUCCAGAUGCAGAACGUUGCCGCAAAUUUGUUCAAUCGUACGCGAGCUCGAAGACUACAUUGAGGCCCCCUAAUUUGGACUCAAUAGUAUCUAUGAUGAAUGGAAACUUAUUGAACAAUACUUCAACAGUUGCGAACAAGGGCAGCGGCGAAUACUCAUCGGAAACAUCCAAUGUCGAGACGAAUUACAACAGCACUUGCAAAGAACAAAAUAUAAAAUCUCAACCCAUAGGAGAAGCUAAUGAAAUCUUUAAACCUAUCAUGGAUUACGUUGACAGUACUAUAUCAGAAAUGGAGAAGCGGAUACAAUCACGUAUUGAUGAGCUUGAAAGGAGGCAACAUAUGAAAUUAGAUAAAAUUUUAGAAUUAUUAAAUAAUAAAACUGAUCAAUGACAUUCAAAAAUGCCAAUAAAUGUCUAAGUCUAAGUAAAAAUCA